UCAGUGUGUCGUCGUCGUUGUCGUCGCCGUUAACUGAGCAAUCGCAAAUAGAACUUCAGCCGGACAGGCGGAAAAGACAACGCAGAGCACGAGUAACGGCAACAUUGACAGCAGCAACAACCGCGGCAGCAGCAGCGGCGCAGCAGCAGCAGCACCAGUCCAACUGCAAACAACAACAAUAAACUUGAACUGCAAUCAUAUUCUUUUAACACGUUGUGCGGUGCGUUUACCAUUUCUUCCCCAAAUCGGUUUCGAUUUCAAUUUCAAUUUCGCUUUCAAUUAUAUGACAAUCUGUUACAAACACAAAUCAGCAACAAUUAAAAAACAAAACAAAAACCCGAAAAAGUUAAGAAAAUAAAAACGGUGUUCCUAUUUUUUUAAUCGAAUUUUUUCUUCUAUAUUGUGAAGUGUGUUAAAAACGAAAAUCAGCAAAAGAUCUCUCACAUUGCGCAUGAGAUUGAAGUCACCAGGCAGCGUAGGAGCCGGGGCCACAGUGUGAGUCCGAGUUGGACAAGAGGAGCAGCAACAGCAACUGCAACAGCCCGUUAAUAAACCGAACCCGACCGACUAAUAGUAACAGCAGCAGCAGGCAGGCACCAAGCUGGCCACCACAAGCUAUCGGGUGGUUAUGGCGGCGGCUGGCAGCCAAAGAAGCGGUGGCAAUGUUGUCCUCACCAAUGCAACGAUUAGCGCUGGCGGCGGCAGCAACAGCUCCGGCAGCGGUGGCGGCGGCAUCAAUGUAACGACAAUAACAACGACCAGCAGUGGCUCGCAGGCGCAAUCGUCGGGUGGUCAGAGCAAUGGCACCACCUACAAGAUCGAGAUGCUCGACGAUGAUAUGCAGAGUCUGGGCACCGAUGACGAGGACGAUGAUUUGAUUAGUAGCGAGGGCAGUCUGUACGAUGGUGAUCUUGCCACCAUUGUUAACGAUGAUGUUGCCCAUCAGCUGGCUGCCGCUGGGCCAGUGGGCGUGGCAGCCGCAGCUGCCAUUGCCAGCUCAAAGAAACGCAAGCGUCCGCAUUGCUUCGAAACGAAUCCAUCGGUCCGCAAACGUCAACAGAAUCGUUUGCUGCGCAAAUUGCGUGGCAUCAUCUACGAGUUCACCGGCCGUGUUGGCAAACAGGCUGUGGUGCUGGUGGCGACGCCGGGCAAACCGAAUACCAGCUAUAAGGUGUUUGGCGCUAAGCCGCUGGAGGAUGUGCUGCGCAAUCUGAAGAACAUUGUGAUGGAUGAGCUGGACAAUGCGCUGGCGCAACAGGCGCCGCCGCCGCCCCAGGAGGAUCCAUCGCUGUUCGAGCUGCCCGGCCUGGUCAUCGAUGGCAUACCGACGCCCGUCGAGAAGAUGACACAGGCCCAGCUGCGCGCCUUCAUACCGCUCAUGCUGAAGUAUUCGACGGGUCGGGGCAAGCCCGGCUGGGGCAGGGAGUCGACACGUCCGCCGUGGUGGCCCAAAGAGUUGCCGUGGGCAAAUGUGCGCAUGGAUGCCCGCUCCGAGGAUGACAAGCAGAAGGUGGGUGGGAUCAGCUGGACGCAUGCGCUGCGCAAGAUCGUGAUCAAUUGCUACAAAUAUCAUGGACGCGAGGAUCUGUUGCCCACAUUCGCUGACGAUGAGGACAAGGUGAAUGCGCUGAUCUCACAGUCGGGCGACGAGGACGAGGACAUGGAGCAGCUAUCGAAUACGCCCACCAUACAAACGGUGCAAACAGUCGCACCGGCAGUAACCACAACCACCAGCCAAUACACGACACAAACGGUGUUGUCGCAGAAUGCCGAUGGUACCGUCUCUCUCAUCCAGGUGGAUCCCAACAAUCCGAUCAUAACGCUGCCCGAUGGCACAACGGCCCAGGUGCAGGGUGUGGCAACGCUGCAUCAGGGCGAGGGUGGCGCCACCAUACAAACGGUACAAAGCUUAACCGAUGUGAAUGGUCAUGAGAACAUGACCGUGGAUCUAACCGAGGCGCAGGAUGGUCAAAUCUUUAUCACCACCGAGGAUGGCCAAGGCUAUCCGGUGUCCGUGAGCAAUGUCAUAUCGGUGCCCGUCUCCAUGUACCAGUCGGUGAUGGCCAACAUACAGCAGCUGCAGACGAACAGCGAUGGCACCGUCUGCUUGGCCCCCAUGCAGGUAGAUAACAGCAAUAGCCCCAACUCUUCCAAUAGUGCCACGCGCACCACCAACAACAGCAACAACAACAACAACAACACCAACAACAAUAAUAAUAAUAGUAGUAGUAGUGGCUCAGCUGCUGCGCCAACUUCGCUGCUUGGCAUCUCGGUGAUCAACACUGGCUGCGCUGCCAAGCUGGGCCGGCGCAGCGCAGCUGGCUUAGUCACAGCAACAGCUGGAGCUGGUGCUGCAGUGCCAAAUGCCGGACAACAGCCGGCGGCGCUCACAUUGCAAGCGCCGCCAGGCACUCGCUUGUAUUGGGCAGCGACGGGUCCGACAUGCGGUGGCAGCGCCAGCAGCAGCGGCAAUAGCAGCAAUUUAAAUGCUGGCUUUAAUCUUGCCAACAACAAUAACAAUAACAACAUGCUAACUAACAACAAUAACAACAGCAGCAACAAUAAUAAUAUCAAUAACAAUAACAAUACAAUUACAAUGUCGCUGCCCAUUGUUUUGACAGCGCCAGCAAACCGCAGCAGCGGCGGCGUCGUCGUCGUCGUCGUCGUCGUCGCAGCGACGCCACGAAACGCACGCAUCGUGACGCUCAAUAACAGGGCAAAAGCGACGCAAGCUGAACCACGGCAAUAACAGUAGCAGCAGCAGCAGCAACAACAGCAGCAGUAACAGCAAGCAAAAUGUUAGCAAAGGUGUUAGAAAUGCUACUGCUGCUGCUGCAGCUGCUGCGAGGACGGCGGCUGCACCGAGCAGCGCUGCUGCUGCGGAAAUACGCUGUGUGAACAGCGCCAGACUGACAAAUUUGGGCAGUGCGCAGCUGCAGCUGCCCGCAAAAACCAUUAAAUUAGAGGAUUUGGAAUAGGCUUCCUCAAGCAGCUACUGUAGCCACCAUACCCCUCCCCCUCGCACCCAUGCACAAACUUGCCAGCAUCCCCCCUCCCCCCUCCCCGCCUUGAGGUAGCUACCAAUUGCCAAUAUCUAAUCUAGUCAAAGCGGCGCUGCAAACACAAACACACACACACACGCAUAGAAUAUUAGCACAGAAACUUGCCAUUUUUACUUACAUAACUACAUACAUAGCUGUAUAUACACACAGACACACAUACAUAUAUACAAACAAACAAACAAACGCAAACAAUUGUGAAUGCCGACAAAGAAUACCAAAAACUAAACAAAGCAAAAAAGCGAAAAGCAAAUAAGGAAAGAAAAAAGAACGUGAACAAUUAACAGCAUAAAGAGAAUGCAAUGAAUUGCCCAAGUAAUCGAUACCAUACAUAGCAUAAUCUAUAAAUAAUAUUUAAAUUAAAUACCAUACUAACAACUCCCCCGCCCCCUCACACAUACACACACACACAUUGAAUUUAACGUGAGCUAAAAACGAACACGCAAAGCAAAUUUGUUGAUAAUUGAAACACUGAAACCAAAAAGAUAAUGAAAACCACAAAUCAUAUAAAAUCAAAUUUGUCAAGUUCCUAAAACAAAACAAAUAAUA